AUGAACGCAUGGGUGAUAUGCUUGCUAGUGAUUUGUGCCGUGGUGAAUGCAAAAUCAGUGGAGGGUCGGGAUUUCAUAAACUACGGUGUGUUAAACAGUUUCUUCGGUCCUAAUCCACGUCCCGGAUGCAACCCUCCAGGUGCCGAACAUAAAAACCCUACCACUGUUAACGAGUACCGCCGUGGCUGCACCAAAAUGAAUAGGUGUCAGCGCGAUUGA